UAGAUACAUUGGAACAUUAUUUAGACCCAAGUAUGACAGAAUGGGAGCGAGGAAGAGAACAGGAGGAGUUCUUCCGUGCGGCAAUGUUCUACAAAUCCUCAAAUUCAACACUGUCAUCCAGGUUUACCCGGGCCAAAUAUGAAGAUGAUGUUGACAAAGUCGAAGUUCCUCGGGACCAAGAGAAUGAUAUUGAUGAUAAGGAAACUGCUGUGAAGAUGAAGAUGUUUGGCAAACUCACAAGAGACAAGUUUGAAUGGCAUCCUGAAAAGCUGUUGUGUAAAAGAUUCAAUGUUCCUGAUCCAUAUCCUGAUUCUUCCAUUGUUGGGUUACCAAAAGUGAAACGAGACAAGUAUUCUGUGUUUAAUUUCUUAACUCUGCCUGAGCCCACCACAUCUGUAACUCAAGCAACAAAUGAAAACAUCCAACAGAAUAACAGUCUCAACAAAGCAAAGAAACCUUCAAGAUGGGAUGUGUCAGAUAAAGAGAAGGAGAAAAAAGAUUCUAUCAGUGAAUUCAUUAGUCUUGCUAGAUCAAAAGCUGAUGUUCAGCAGCAGCCACCAGUAUCAGCAACAGAAGAAUGUGGAACUGGGCCAAGUGAAACUCUUCCCACUGAGGUAGCUAAUGAAGAUAAGGAUCAGGAAGAAGAAAGCAGACCAUCUAUGGACUUAUUUAAGGCCAUCUUUGUGAGUUCCUCAGAUGAAAAAUCGUCUUCCUCUGAAGAAGAGAGUGAUGAAGAACAGCAACCAACUAGUUCGGUAAUAGAUUCAGAAACCACCAAGCAAGUUGACCUACCAGACAGUUCUUCAUUUAAUGUACAAGAGAUUGUGGCUGCUUCAACUGAUCCUGGCAUUUCUUUGUCGCCUACUUCAAAGCAGGAACUGGAUGCAGCAGAGGAAUUUGGACCAAAGUUGCCUCCAGCUUUUUCUUCUGGCCCUACUUGGCAACAAGAACCAGUGGUGUCAGCAAGUUUUCCUGGGCCUAGUAGGAAAGAAAAACAUAGAAAGCACAGAGAAAAACACAAGACUAAGAGAGAACACAAACACAAAAAGGAAAAGAAAAAGAAACACAAGAAACAGAAAAACAAAGGAAAAAACAAGAAUAAAAAAUCGGAAAAAGACAGCAGCUCAGACACUGCAGAUAGCAGUGACAGCCUUAGUGAUAUAGAUACCACAGGCUUGUCACCCAAAGAGCUUCUAAGAAGAUUAAAACAACUUCAGUAUUGAAGAGGUAGCUUGCUUUCUUCAGUGCUGUGUGACUUUUGAUCUCAAAUUUUUGAUCUCCUCCAUGAUGGUAGAUCAAUCAUGUAUACUUUGAAGCACUGUCGAUAACUGUAUUCAUAUUGAAUUUGUUUGAACGUAAAUGUGCAUAUGUUUAUUUUGUGAUGCUUCAUAUGUUCAAAAUGUAUGGAUUAUGGAAUGUUGAAAAGACUCCUUUCUGGGCAGCAUAAUCUGAAAUACUGCAGGCUCUGUUUUAAUUAACAUGAAACAAGAUAUUUUAAUAAACUUAAGUAUUAAAAA